AUUUCUAUUGGGAUUAGGACUAGUGAAACGGAUACUUAUAUUUUUGUGGUUACAAAUGACAGAGGAGUACAAUUAGUCGGUCAGUUACUGUGUCACGUUGAAAAGAAAAGCAUCUAGUCAUACACAAUGUUAGCAAGAAAGUGGUGGUUAGUUUUAUCCGCUUUGGUGGUGGCUGCUGCGGCUACGAAUAUCCACAGGUUUGAUCAGGACGACAUAGAUGAAGAGGACGACGAGGGCUUCGAUGAGUACGACGAAUUUGAUAGCAACAAUGUUACUAGUGUUAGCGGAAGAAAAGGAAAAAUAUUGUUUCCUUUCGUGAGUAUCGUGCGGUUUGCGAACACCGAGUGCUCUACUGCCAACUCAAUGAACGGCACGUGUCUUGCGCGACGGGAAUGUAACAACCUUAACGGGACUAUCACGGGCACCUGCGCCACGAGACGAGGACGGUGCUGCGUCGUAUCUCGCACUUGUGGAACCACGACGAAUGUGAACAACACUUAUUUCACGAGCCCCGGCUAUCCGGCCGCGUACGCUGGCGGCCCAGCCUGCUCCAUGAUCGUAAACCGUUGCAACUCCAACAUCUGUCAGCUCCGCAUAGAUUUCUUGGAUCUGGUGCUAGCGCAGCCUGAUGGUGACGGUAACUGCGUGACUGACUCCAUAUCAGUGACUGGAGGGAACACCAUCGUGCCACUGCUCUGCGGCGACCUCACCGGCCAAACGAUAUUUGUGGACUUCAACGGGAAUACAGCCAUCACCAUCGUGGUCACUGCGACCCUCGCGACCACCUUCGCUAGGAGGUGGAACAUUAGACUGGUUCAGCUAGGAUGCGAUUGCCCUGGAAUAGCUCCAAACGGUUGUCUCCAAUACUACACUGGCAUAACGGGGACUAUUAACAGCUUUAAUUACGGAACCGCGGCGAACACAGUGCUCAGUGCCUCUCUGGUGACAGGAACGCGGCAGAUUGUCAAUUUGAACUACGGAAUAUGUAUCAGAAUGGAGGCCGGUUACUGUGCCAUACAAUAUUCACAGGUUGCAGGAGACGCAUUCUCGUUUACUUUGACGGGAGACGUAGAAGGCGCAGACAACACGGUGCUCGGAACUCAGCUGGGUGCAGUGAACGGAGCCAACUGUCUCACUGACUUUGUGGUCAUACCCAACCCCACAGUAGUCGCCACCGCCUUAGCUGCAGGCACGGACCGAUUUUGCGGACUUGGCUUUGUUCCAGUGCAAAGUGGAGCUAAACCAUUUGUACUGUACGUGGUGACAAACGCUAACGAGGGAGCGACGGCUGCCACUCCGCCCGAUAUCGCCAACAGAGGGUUCUCUCUAACGUACACUCAGAUAGCUUGCUGAUCUACCUACUUAAUGAACCUAAAUAAUACCAACAUAUAAAUACUA